AUGUUGUCUAACUUCUUUCUAUUUGCUUUAUUUGCGCUCAUGUUCAAUCUAGUCAAGGCCGACUCGGAGGUCUUUUCUUUGACACUUGUAAGAGACGGUGCUCUUUUCAAUAAUGAUGUCGUUUAUAUUUCUUCAAACACGUUGGUGAUAGCUGGUUCUACUUCUACCAAUUCAGGCACCUUGCUAGAUGGUGUGGUUACUGAUUUGGGUUAUAUCAAAUUAACUGACGGUUCGUACAUAUACAUCGAUGCCGAUAAGAAUUUAAAAACUACUACAGACGUUUCCCAAGCAACAACUAACUUCUCCAUUAGUUCAGGUGCCCUUUUGUACAAUAAUGAAGCUGCAUUCUACGUUGUACCAGGUAAUGGUGCAUACGUAUUUAAAGUUGGUUACACCACGGACACUAUGGCUUUAGCUGUUUUAGUUAACUGCUACGGCUCUGACAAUGAGUUACUAAGUGAUUUUGCUCCAAACGCUGCAUCUGUUCAAGCUAUUAUCGCGACUGCUACUAAUAGCGCUGUUGCCCCAGGAGUUCAUGUUACGGCUUCAAACGACGUUUCAUUCAAUUCCACAUCCAGUUCUUCGGUCAGCACUGUUGCUCCUGAGAGUGACGAAACAGACUCCCAAAGUUUCGGUUUGAUUACAAUUAACUCCGGUUCGCAAUUCCAAUACUUAAGUGUCUACUUUAAUAAGUUGGAUGGUGUGCUUUACGCUAGUGCCAGUAGUUCUUCCACCGAUGAUGAAAUAUUAUUCGAUGCUGUUCUUACAAAACAUGGUUAUGUAGCAUUAUCAAACGGUGAUUACUUAUAUGUUGGCGACGAUGAUAUCUUAAUGGCUUCCAACGACACUUCUAAGGCUAAGAGUGGAUUCUCAAUCUCUGAUGGUCAUUUAAUUUUAGGUUCUGCCGGUUUUUACAUUAAUGCAGACACAAAUCCUUACGCAAUUAGAGUCGGUGAUUCUACUGAUUCAAACGAUGUUUUUGUAGCAUUAAAAACAGUUAAUGCUACUGCUUCUAGUAUCUCUGGACUACAAGAAUCCGGUGUUUCUCUUUCUUCUUCUACUAGUACUGCUUCUACUACUGCUUCUACUACUGCUUCUACUACUGCUUCUACUACUGCUUCUACUACUGCUUCUACUACUGCUUCUACUACUGCUUCUACUACUGCAUCUUCUUCAGUCGAACACACAAAAUCUGCUUUAAACGAUGUCACUGCCUCAAGCACAUUCUCAACAAGCACCCUACACUCAAUCGAUGCUGCUAGUAACGGAGCAAGUUCCAUCAAAGGCAUGACAGGUUUCAUUACUGUCUUAAUUGCAUAUAUCUUCAUAUAA